GAGAGAGACAUAGAGAGAGACAGAGCUAGUGUCAGUGUUUUAGAACUACCGUAGUUCACAGGCGGCAAGCAACGUCCGUCUUCUUUCCUCGUUGUUGUCUUUCACCUGAACCCGUACUGAUCCCAAACAGGACUGUGACAAUGGUGGAGGGUCUUCAGUCUCUUCCCUUCAGUCAACUUCCACUGGUAAAACAUAAUCAAAAUGCCUCACCGUAACUGUUCUAUCGAGAUUAACAACAACUCCGGCUGCUACACCCUUGCCAACCCAAGGGUGUUCACUGAGAGUGGCUGCUGUGAGGUCCCCCUGCCGCCGAUGGUGGGUCCCUGCUCCGCCGCCAGUGCACUGUUCAACAAAACCACCGGGGCUGCCACUGGAGCUGUGGGUGUUUUUACCUAUGACCUUUUCAACGCUGAAAUGAACGACUACAGUCACAUCAUGGCCGUCAUGUACUCAGUGCCUUAUGACCGCAAUCUUUACUCCAACUGGUUCGCUGUGGGGAUCUUUGACAGAGGCAAUGACUGUGACUAUAAUCUUUAUGACAUUAUGUACAAUGGAAGUGAAAAUAAUUUUGUAAGAGCAAAAGCAGAUGGCUCUUGUAUUUCCUAUCAGGGGGAUUAUGUAUUUGUCAGUGCUUCGAUGUCAGACUCAGGCGAAGCAGUCCUGAGAGUAGAUAUUAGUGAUACUGGCAUGUAUUGACCCCCCACCCCAAAAAAAAGAAAGAAAAACUACGACUCAAACUCUUUGUUGGACCAUCGCUUAUGAU